GCUACCUAUCGAUAUAACUAGUGACGGCACUUUAUCCGCAAGUCAUUUCAGCGUCAAGUCAUCCGGCAUUUGUUUGCGAUUUUUUAAAGGAAAUUUAAGAAAACCCACCAUGUUUCUUACCCGCUCCGAGUACGACAGAGGCGUGAACACCUUCUCGCCAGAGGGCCGCCUCUUCCAGGUUGAAUACGCCAUUGAGGCCAUUAAAUUGGGUUCCACAGCGAUUGGAAUUUGCACAAAAGAAGGUGUUGUUCUGGCCGUGGAGAAACGCAUCACAUCGCCUCUGAUGGUCUCCAGUACUGUGGAGAAGAUCGUGGAGGUGGACAAGCAUAUAGGCUGUGCCACCUCCGGUCUGAUGGCUGAUGCCAGGACCCUUAUCGAAAGAGCACGCGUUGAGUGCCAAAACCACUGGUUCGUCUACAACGAACGCAUGUCUAUCGAGUCCUGCGCCCAGGCCGUGUCCACUUUGGCCAUCCAGUUUGGUGAUAGCGGAGAUAGCGAUGGUGCCGCCGCCAUGAGUCGUCCUUUUGGCGUGGCCAUACUUUUUGCCGGUAUCGAGGCUGGUGAACCGCAACUCUGGCACAUGGAUCCAUCCGGCACUUUUGUACGCCACGGAGCUAAGGCCAUUGGAUCGGGCAGCGAGGGAGCACAGCAGAAUUUGCAGGAUAACUUUACCACCCAGAUGACCCUCAAUGAUGCCAUUGAACUCUCGCUAAAUACUUUGAAGCAGGUUAUGGAAGAGAAGCUGAAUUCAACCAACGUUGAGGUGAUGACCAUGACGAAGGAUAAGGAGUUCUACAUGUUUACUAAGCAGGAGGUGGAGCAGCACAUUGCCAACAUUGCGUAAAUGCCAGCGGACUUUAAUUGGUUUAACUUCAAAUGUAAUGUGAAUAAAUGGAUUCUAAAUCGA